AUGUCUCGGGCUGUCGCAGCAUCGGGUUUCAAGCGGUUGGUCCGAUUCACGAAUUCGAAAUUUCCAGACAGGAUCCGAGUAGGCCAGCCUCUUUCAGAUAGCAUUGAUGUUGGUCUGGCCGUCGCAAAAGGCGAACAAGUACAUGUAGCGCUCUUCAGUGGAAGGUCUGUCCUCAGCCCUGGCGAGCCCACAGGUGAUACAACGACUAUCUCUCACCUCUAUUCACCAAUCGCACGCCACGAGACAAACACUAUACGUUGCAUUGGUCUGAACUACCGAUCGCAUGCCGAGGAGGUCAAGCUGCUUAUACCAAGCACGCCGUCUUUGUUUCUGAAGCCAUCAACGUGUCUUGCUGAUCCAUGGCCAACGGCUCCAUCCAUCCUUCCACGCAUCACCAGACAGCACGAUUGCGGGGACUACGAAGCCGAGCUUGCCGUCAUCCUGGGAGCUGAUGCCAAGAACGUCCCUGAGGAAACGGCCCUCGACUAUGUCCUUGGCUACACCGCCGCCAACGACAUCUCGUCGCGAACACCACAAUUCUGGACUUCACAGUGGGACUUCAGCAAAGGAUUUGAUGGGUCAUGUCCGAUCGGUCCAACCGUUGUGUCGAAGGAGCUUAUUCCGGACCCGGGAAAGUUGCGGCUCAGAGGCAUCCUGAACGGCAACACCAUGCAAGACUGCGGCACGGACGACCUGAUCUUCAGCGUAAGCAAGCUCGUGGCCUUUCUCAGCCAAGGCACCACGCUGCCGGCUGGAACGGUAAUCCUGACUGGAACGCCAGCGGGCGUGGGCAUGAGCCGAAAGCUGAGUCUGAAGGCCGGCGACGAAUUUCAUGCUUGCAUUGAGCCGUAUGUUGGGACACUCAUCAACCGCUUUGGAGACGAGGUAUGA